GGGGCGCGCAGCUGAUGGAUGCGGGAUUCAUCAACUUCCUCCCAGGAACCCAUGUCGAGGUCAACAUCUCGAUGGGUUACAAGGAUGAAUCGCUUUACUGCGUCGCCCCACUGCAACUUGGACCUCUGCCUUUAGUGACCUACGACUUUUGGCUGAUUGGAAAAGACUGCUGUCAGGCCAGUAAACGUGGCUUCUCCUGUGGAUCUGCCAAGCAUCUUCAUUCCAGUGGCAUGAUCGCACGCAGGGUCUUGGCUGAUGAUUUGGACUACUACAAGUUGGCUGUACGACAGGCUGAAGCUGCCUAUGGCAUCAUGGCAGCGCAUCCCUUGUUCUUCGAACAAGCCAAGGUCGAUGAGGUCCCUGAAGAGCUGGUGAACCAAGCGCAACAAGCCUUACAGCACUAUUUCUUAGGAUAUUUGGGCUUUCAAUUCCUCCUGGUGAUUCUGGCCAUCUUCUUCUACUUUCCACCUUCUGAGCGUCGUUGAGCGAUGCAUUGCAUCAGCGCGACCUGCUGAAAAGACAACGGAGGCAUGGGCUGUCUGGG